GUUCAUUGCAAACUUACUAGUGCCAGGCAUUGUUACGGGCAGUGGGGACACAAAGUUCCUGUCUCCAUAGAGCUUGUUUUCUAAAGGGGGAGAUAAAAGACAUGGUGUACUGUCCAGCAGGAAUGAAUGCCUUGAAGAUCAGAAAGCAGAGCCUGGGAGUUUUCUACUGUGGGCACUGCUUGGAAGGCCUUUUUGGAGACAACUGAGUAGAGGUUUGAAUGCAGUGAAGCGUCAUGUGAUCCAUUCGGGUGAAGCCUGGAUGGGUCCCAACAGGAGACAGCAUGUCACACUCCGUGCUGUUGAGGUUCAUUGACGGCCAGUGCACCAAGGGAGCCUACCAUAAAGCCAGUUAACUUGUGAAGUCAAUUAUGCUGGGUCUGGUGUGGAAGAAGUGGAAUUAAGCUGGGAAGAUUAUCUGGAAGAGACGGGGUCCACAGCAGUUCCCUAUGGAUCUUUUAAACACGUGGACACACGUUUGCAAAAUGGAUUUGCUCCUGGGAUGAAACUGGAGGUGAUUGUGAAAAAAGAUCCUGAAAUCUACUGGGUUGCCACCAUCAUUACCACCUGUGAGCAGCUGCUCCUCCUCCGCUACGAUGGCUAUGGAGAGGACCGGAGAGCGGACUUCUGGUGUGACAUCAGGAAGGCUGACCUUUACCCCAUUGGGUGGUGUGAGCAGAAUAAGAAGAUCCUUGAAGCCCCGGAAGGCAUCAGAGACAAGGUGUCUGACUGGGAGGAGUUCCUGCGGCAGACUCUGAAGGAAGCGUGUAGUCCUCCUGUCCCGCUGCUAGAGGGCCUCCGUAACGGGAGGAACCCUUUAGAUCUCAUUGCUCCAGGCUCCAGGCUGGAAUGUCAAGCUUUCCAGGACACGCUAAGCACGUGGAUUGUUACUGUAGUAGAAAACAUUGGGGGAAGGCUGAAGCUACGCUAUGAAGGACUGGAAAGUUCUGACAAUUUUGAACACUGGUUGUAUUACUUGGAUCCGUUUCUUCAUCACGUUGGUUGGGCAGCUCAACAAGGAUAUGAACUUCAGCCCCCAUUAGCCAUCAGGCAUCUGAAAAAUGAAACUGAGUGGCAAGAGAUCUUGGCCAAAGUGAAAGAGGAAGAGGAAGAGCCAUUACCAUCUUACUUAUUUAAGGACAAACAAGUGGUCGGUACACAUUCAUUCUCUGUAAAUAUGAAACUGGAAGCUGUGGAUCCCUGGUCUCCUUUUGGGAUCUCGCCUGCUACAGUUGUUAAGGUUUUUGAUGAGAAGUACUUUCUGGUGGAAAUGGAUGAUUUGCGACCAGAGAAUCAUGCAAGGCGAUCCUUUGUGUGUCAUGUUGACAGUCCUGGUAUUUUCCCCGUGCAGUGGAGUCUGAAGAAUGGUUUACACAUCACACCCCCUCCUGGCUACCCUGGCCAGGACUUUGAUUGGGCCGACUACCUCAAACAGUGUGGUGCUGAAGCUGCUCCCCAGAGGUGCUUCCCUGAGUCGAUUCCUGAGCACGAAUUUAAGGAGCACAUGAAGCUCGAGGCGGUGAACCCCCUCCUCCCCGAGGAGGUGUGUGUGGCCACCGUCAGCGCUGUGCGCGGCUCCUACCUGUGGCUCCAGUUGGAGGCAGGUUCUAAGAAGCCUAUACCUGAAUGUAUAGUGAGUGUGGACUCCAUGGAUAUAUUUCCUUUGGGCUGGUGUGAAACCAAUGGCCAUCCCCUCAGCACUCCUCGUCGAGCACGAGUACACAAACAAAGGAAAAUUGCAGUGGUUCAGCCUGAAAAACAAAUGCCGUCCUCGAGGACUGCCCAUGAGGGCCUGAAGAGUCGGGAGCUGAACUCCACAGACUCGGUUAUGAUUAAUGGAAAAUAUUGCUGUCCAAAGAUAUACUUCAACCACCGUUGCUUCUCAGGGCCAUAUCUUAAUAAAGGAAGAAUCGCUGAGCUGCCUCAGUGUGUGGGACCUGGAAACUGUGUUCUGGUCCUCAGAGAGGUCCUCACCUUACUUAUCAAUGCAGCUUACAAACCCAGCCGUGUCCUUCGGGAGCUGCAGCUGGACAAAGACUCUGUGUGGCAUGGAUGUGGGGAAGUCCUCAAGGCCAAAUACAAAGGGAAGAGUUAUCGGGCUACUGUUGAGAUAGUGAAAACAGCGGAUCGGGUAACUGAAUUCUGCCGGCAAACCUGUGUCAAACUGGAAUGCUGUCCCAAUCUGUUCGGUCCACGGAUGGUUCUGGAUAAGUGUUCUGAGAACUGCUCUGUACUUACAAAGACCAAAUAUACACAUUAUUAUGGGAAGAAGAAAAGUAAAAGAAUUGGGAGGCCGCCUGGCGGGCACAGUAACUUAGCAUGUGCCCUGAAAAAAGCCAGUAAGAGGAGAAAGAGGCGGAAAAGUGUUUUUGUGCAUAAGAAGAAACGCUCCUCUGCAUCUGUUGAUAAUACCCCGGUGGGCUCUCCUCAGGGAAGUGGGGGUGAAGACGAGGAGGACCCCGAUGAAGGAGAUGACGAUUCUCUAAGUGAGGGCAGUACUUCUGAGCAGCAGGACGAGCUACAGGAAGAGUCAGAAAUGUCAGAAAAAAAGUCAUGUUCCUCUUCUCCCACCCAAAGUGAGAUAUCCACAUCACUGCCUGCAGACAGACAACGGAGGAAAAGGGAGCUUCGGUCUUUUUCAUUUUCUGAUGAUGAGAACAAGCCGCCUUCACCAAAGGAAGUCAGGAUUGAAGUUGCUGAAAGGCUUCACCUGGACAGUAACCCCCUGAAGUGGAGUGUGGCGGAUGUGGUGCGGUUCAUCAGGUCCACCGACUGCGCUCCGUUAGCAAGAAUAUUCCUAGACCAGGAAAUUGAUGGGCAGGCCCUGCUGCUCCUUACCCUUCCCACCGUUCAAGAGUGCAUGGACUUAAAAUUAGGCCCUGCCAUCAAACUUUGCCAUCACAUAGAGAGGAUCAAGUUUGCUUUUUAUGAGCAGUUUGCCAACUGAGAAGGACAACCAAAGUGAGCUGUAUUCUUGAAGCACAAAUGCAGCAAAUCCUUCGCCUGCUCUAUGAGUAGAGCUGAAAUAGUGCUGGGGCGCUGGGCCCUGCAGGUGUCGGCUUGCUCUCUUUGCACUUUCGGGGAAGGAGGUCCCACAGUGAGGAAGCAAAAACUGCACAGAAGUGGCUCCCCUGCCAGUGGAAAUGGGAGCAUCUCUCAUUCAGCAGAUGGCAGUUUAAAAAAAAAAAGUUGUGAAGAAACGACUCAUAUAAGAAGAAGCAGCGUUUCCAGGGGUGUGGCCUAAACGAAGACGAAUCUAGGCUGCAGGAAAGCACCCUUUUGGGGGUUUUCUUUUUGUUAUGUCCCCUCCUGUUGUCGAUUGAACUUUGUUCUCUGCUUUCUCUUUCUUGGAAAGAGAGGACCUGGCUUUAAGGCAGCACUGAUUUGAGGCUGCACCUAAGGCAAACCAGUGCUUCACUGUCAUCGUGGUUUUGAGCUAUUUUAAAUUAAAACAGUUUCUUUUGGGGAUGAUUAUGUGGCUCUGGGGUUUUGAAUGUGCAGUCACACUUGGCCCAGUUUGAAGUCUGUUCUUAGGAGUCCCUUUGUUUACUACCUCUGUUGAGAAUUGAGCUUGCAGCCAUGUGUGAGGUUUUUGUAUGGUGCCAUUUUAAGGUACAUGAACACUAAACUUAUGGCAGAGGUUGGAGGGGGAAACACUGUUUGCUUCCUCAAAAACAUUGUGUGAGCACUUACACCAGUUCCUUAACUGACCUGAUCUAAGAACUUGACUGUCAUUGUUUUCCAUCUUGACCUAGCAUGGGCUACCUGUUUUAAGAAAUAUCUCAAAGACAGUUGGUAUUUCAGUUUAAUUGCUCUCUCCCCAUUAGUUUUCAGAGGGACUUCAGUGGCUUUUAUUGUGUUUACUUUUCUUCACAGUUGUUUGUCUGUUUCAGUUCUUAAAGUCCUUACUUUGGAUAAAAAGCAGUAGGUAUUUCUUGGACCCACCAUUAGGUCCAUUUUCCCUUCUUUCUCCAUGUCUUGAGACAGGUAGUGUAGAAGCACAAGAAAGAAAACAGGUUUGAGGGCUUAUGCAGAGCAUGGAGUUUCUGUAACUAUUUCCUCAGUGGCUAGAUAAAGAUUGAGCGGUGGUUAAGGAUUCUGGAAACCUCUUUGCCUAGUCAGGUUUACAGUUUUCUUCAGUUAAAUCUUUAAAUUGAAUAUAAUUUAUAGUCUGAGGAUUCCUACUCAGUAACGCAGUUUUCUUUUAGGUGUUUCUUUGACCCAGCUCAAGUUGACAGGAAGCUACAGGUGAAUUUCACUUAUCAUUGCACUAAUAGCUAUUAUAGGAUAAUAGCAUUUGCUGUACUGGUCCAGCUGUUGAGGAAGGAUUGCUUCCUUUAAAUGGUGUGCUUUGCUGAGGGUAUUUUUAAAAAUUAUCCUCGUCAGCUGCAAAUUUAUAAUAUAAUCAUUCCUGUCCAAGAUUUGAAAAUGUUUUGGAACUACAAACUGGGUAAAUUCCAAACAGCUCUACAAAUACAAGGUAAUACUAUAAAUGAAAAAUGAUUGUGAUUUUUCCCCCUUUUUAUUCCCUUGCCCCUCACCUGUUUUUAUAGACAUUGGUAAACAUUUUUUAGUUUAGACCCUCCCUUCAUUGGAUAAUUUAUGAACCAUCUUAAUUCAAGCCCUCCAACCAAACCAUCUAUUAAAACAUCAGCUCUUUGUUUAGGCUGCUACCAGAUAUACCUGGAAAGAAGCUUCAUUGAAGCAAAAAGUAAUAUGUUUGACCUUACUCACAGCCCAGCUUUUGAAAAUUUGAUUACUUCUAUGCCCACGGAAGAGAAGCAUAUAUUAGAUGCUUGGGAACACUUAGCAUGAAGCAGAUAGAUUUUGGAGGAGGGCUGUAGCUUGAAUAAUCAAGUCUCCUGAGAGCUCAGCAGUCAAGGCACCAAGGUAGAGGAGGUUCCUGGAAGAUCAAUGGGACAAAAAAUAUCUGGAAUUAAUUAACACUGUUGUCUUAUUUAGGAAAAUGAGGUUUAUUUUCUAUAAGAGGAAAUUCCCACAUGCAACAGUGAACACGGGGUGGGGCUACAGUAGGUUUACAGUUGUUUGUAUGGAAAAUAAUACAAUAAUUAAUAAAUAAUAAUACAAGAAUAAACUGGCAUACUCACAACUGUAAACCUACUGUUGCCCCUCCCUUUUUUGUUAUUAUUGCUUCUCUUUUGAUUUCUCCUGAAACCACUGAAUUAGGAACACCCCCCAUCACACGUAAAGGAUGAAAAGCUCCUGAAAGGGAAGCAAAUGGCCCUAAGCAGUCUGAUCUGGAUAGAGUUGAGUCCCAACCAGCUCACAUACGUUUACCAUGAUUAUUCAGGCUCAGCUUCCUCCUAGAGAGAGGCUGACUCUAAAUUGGAAAAGUAAGUAGGGUUUCCCUUACUACUUUUUGCAUUCUUACACUGAGAUACAAUUUAUGAGGCAACUGCAUUAAAGAACAAUGAUAUAUCCCCAGCUUCUACUUCCAGAUAUUGGACAAGAGAGGAUACUUGUUUGGAAAGUUGGCAUAAGGCAUUUUUGUAAAGAGUAUAAUGUUUUGGCUUCGUUUGCCUCGUAAAACUGCUGGGGCAGGGCUGGACAGUACUGACAGUCUGAUUCCUAUGAUUCUGAAUCAGAUUUUAAGCCCGACACUAGUUCACCACAUUGGGGUGAAUGUAUGUUGCACAUAGUGCUGAACUUUGUUUUUUAAAGGCACCAAUCUCUUAAAUUUAUGAGAGGUGCAUGCAAGGUGCCGCAUUUGAAUCUCACCUUUCACUGGCCCCACAGCCUGCCUGAGGCCAGAAAGUUUUCCAUGAUCCACUUUUGAUCCUAAAUUGACAAGCUUGGAGGCAGGUGAAUGAACUAUAUCAUCCCCCUGGACCUUGACAUCACUGACCAAUAUUAGCUUAUUACUGCCUGUGAAUGUGUUCGGGGAACCCUGUAUAGCACAUGAAAAUUUGCUGACAUUUUGACUGUACUUUGUCAGCUUCUGGGAACUAUGCUAUUUUCCUUUGUAAACUACCUUCAUCCUUCUCCGUUGAAGUGGCUGAUGCAGGGAAUGUACUAACGGGGGCUUUUACCUUCUCUGGCUUUCUUUAACCACGUAAGUGGCUCCCGGUAUCUACAUUAUCGAUAUGCACUUGCCAACAUCUGGAAAAGGCGGGCUUCUUGGUAAAUAGUUGUUGACUUAUGAUAGAGUCAAACAUAGAAAACCAGUUCAGAACUUGGCCUUGAUUUGCCUCUUCUCAUGAAAGUAAAAUUAUUCUCACUGUGAGGGACAGGGCUUUGGACCAAAGCUUCCCAAGGACUUGAAUACAUUUUACUCAAGGACUUGAAUACAUUUUACUUGCUGUCUGGUACCAGUUCAGUAGCUAAUGUGGUACCUGAAUAGAGAUUAAAAGCUUUAAAGGCCUUGGGUAGAGUAGGACUCAGAACCAUUGCCCUCUCUCAAACCAAAAAGUAUUUCCAGGGGACACAAUAAACAUCAGGGAAUUGUUAACCGUAGAUAAGAUUUAUCUAGAUGGCAACAUUAGGAAAACUGUCACAGGCACGAUUUACUUAGCACCUAUCACCAAAGACUUUUAUAUGUAAGAUGCCAUUUGCUGAUUUGAUUGAUGCCCAUAGAAACUCAGAGAGUUGUUAGGAGCUUAGCCUCAGCAGUGGAAAUACUGGGUUUGAACUCUGGUCCCGUAUAUUGGGGACGUUUCGUGUAUGUAUGUGUAAAUUCAAAAGUAUUCUGUGUUAAUAGUUGGCCUUAGGAAGAUGAAGAAGUCACUAACAAACGAAGUAUAAAUCUUGGUGGGAACUGGGUACCCCCUUUUAAAAUUUGAAUGUCUUUGGUCCUGGGUCAUGGUCAUGGUGCUGGCUCAGAAAUUGUAGGACAGAGCAUCCUGCAAAACCAAGAAGAAAUCAAGUGAUAGUCAUGCAAUUAUAAUCCUUCUUUGACUUUAUUCACUUUUCAAUGUUACCGUAGUGAAUUUUGAUGAUUCCCACCCACUCUGUGAGAAUGUGCAUACUUUGGAAAUUUGAAUUUAUCCAAAUAAGCCUCCUUGGAGUGUUGGCAGAAGAGUUCUCAACUCAAAGCUCUAUCCGAACGGGUCUGGUUUCAAACAUGCUCACUUGGGGUUUCCUCUGUGCUAUUCCAGAUCACAUAGGUAGUCUUGUUUCUGAGAGCUGCCUUAGGGAUUCAGGUGUAGAAGGUGGUGGGUGGUAAAUGACUGGGGAUUGAUUUUCUUGGUUCUGCUAUUUCAGAAGUCUUAGAUUUUCACAAGAAUCAGCAAAACCAGGAGUGAGGGUUGGGGGAAUAGAGGAGUAAGCCUAAAACUCCCUCCCCUUAUAUCUUUUCUGACUUAACACAGUUCUUGGAUCUGUUCUGUGCUAUGGCCUAUCACAGAGGACUAUUUCAAAAAGGAAAUAAGCCACAGCCUCACAGGAUAAGUCUUUAACACCAGCAGUGAAGUGUGACUCUGAGCCAUGGGAGGCACAGAUGAUACUGAAGCCACCAUUUCUGAUGGGGGUUCCUGUUCUCAGGAUGUGUGGAAGCUCAGUCCUAAGGGCUUCUACAUGGUGUAGUCAAUCUAACUGCAUGUCUAGCUUGGCAAAUAGUGUUGAAAGGUUGAGGCUUUGGGGGCAAAUCAGAUCACAACGCUGAUGAUGGAGGGCAGUUACAAAAUUUAGACAAAGUUAAAACUGGACAAUUCCUUAGCUCCUUUUGCAAGAAGUCUAUCUAAGGAAGUGUAGUUUGAGUGUUUCUCUUGAGAUUUAAGCACUCAUUUCUUUUCCUUUCUUUUUUGUGUUGAGUAUUCUCUAAAGACAAUCAGAGGCCUGUGAGGACAGGACUUCUGGCGGGUUCCAGCACUGUCCUGAGGCCUCUUUCUAAUACUAACUCGUUGGAACUGAUGCACUUUGUUUAAUGUAUGUUGUUCUUCUAUUUUUACUUUUUAAGCUGCUUGUUUGGAACAAAAUGAAAUGCAUAUUGCGUUGUAUCCUUGCUUGCUGUUUUUCUCUUAAUUUUAAAAGUUAAUGCAUUGGGAAUAAAAUAUACUUAAGGAGAAAUAUGCACAAGAAUACCUAUUUAAAAAAAAAAAAAAACUUCCACCAAGUUUGAUGUUAUUUCAAGGGGUUAAAAAAAUAACUAUUUUGGAUGAAUAUUUUGCGUGAGGUUUUUGGUGGCUUUUUUUUUUUUUUGUAAAUAAGAAUGUAUAUAAACUUGUGGUAUAUUAUGGCAGUUAAAAGUGGUUGUGAGAAAAUGAAAGCAGGUCUUAAGCUAUGUUUAACUUCAUUCAACAGCAAGAGGGCUUCUUGCCAAGAGUAAAUCCUUCAAAAAAACUUUCCAGCGGGGCCUCAUAGAAUCAUCUCCAAACGGAGGAGAAUGUUCCUACUUCAAUAAAAUGAACUUUUCUAGAAUUCUCCCCCCUCUCCUGCUGUCUGGGUCUUUUCCUCUCCCAAUUUAGGUACUUUUAUUGCAAUUUAGGAAAGGUAGGAAGAGCAGUGACUGCUCCCGACACUGGGCACUCUGCUCCUGAUCUCUGAAGAUGCUUCUUGUUCCACUCCAUUGCUUCGGUGCAGCAGCAGACAGGCCUUAAGGAUUCCUCCGCCUCUGGAUGUGCAGAGCAGUGCUUUGUCAAGAACUCCAGUUUUCAGCUCUGUGUGCAAUUUUCCUUGAGCUGUUUGUGUCUUCAAGCAACCAAGAGUCUCCUUAUGCCCAUCCACAGUCUCUUCUGCUUCAAGUACAAAUCCUCUUGUUUGGUUCUCUCUCAACAUGGACUGUUCACUGUUGAGCACCCCCAUAAGAAAGAGACCUUCUUAGACUUAAAGACAGUAAUGCGAAUUUCCCUUACCUAUUUAUUUCCUUCACCUGACUUCCUGUAUUUUCCCACGGUCAAUACUUGUGGAGAGUUUUAAAUUUUAUAAAUUAAAAUUCAGUUUAAUUUAAAAAGCAUUGUGUUGCAUGUUCUCUGUGCCAGGCACUAUGUUGGACCCCAGGGUGAAUAAAAACCAGUUCCUGCCCCCAGGAGGCUCACA